ACAUUGGAAUUGACGGCAGCUUAAUUAAGCGCGCAGAGCGUUCCAAGAAAGCGCAGUCACCGCGCCAUCGGGCUCUGUCGGGUCUCCCAAAACGUCUCCAAACAGUGUUGUGGAGAUGAUGGUCAUUAGCGAAUCGGCUACGUCUAGACGUCGGACAGAUGUCAGGAACACUCGACUCCAUACGACUGAGGCCAGCUUCAGAGGAGGAGCCAUCCCAGCAGGAAACGAAAAUAUGUAAAAUAUGUCAACGCCAGUUCGCCCCUUACACCUGUCCACGAUGUAAUCUCCAAUACUGCUCUGUAGCCUGCUACAAAUCCGAGAAACAUUCCGUCUGCACAGAACUGUUCUACAAGGACAACAUAAACAACGAGCUGCAAGGGAAGAGGGCAUCCGAUGAUGAACGAAGGAAGAUGGUUCAGAUGCUGAGACGCUUUGAAGAGAGUGGAGAGGUGGGGAUCCAACCGGACUCAGAUGAUGAGGACCCUACUCCCGAGUUGGCCGACCGCUUGCAGGACAUCGAUCUUGAUAUGGCGUCACCAGACGCUAUUCUCGACGCCCUCACACCAGCGGAACGCGCGGAAUUCGAAGCGUCUUUGCGGGAAGGUUCAGACGCAGUGCGAUCGUAUCUGAGUCUCUGGGAGCCGUGGUGGGAGGCGGAACAGAACCGCACACCGUUGGUGCAGGAUAUGGAGGAGAGCGCCAAUAGUGAGCCGUGCCGCGUGGAAGAAACAUCCCCCGUACCGAAGAUAAUACCAAGAAUCAAGAAAAUGAGUCAAUUGAAGUCGGCGAAGCCGGCGGAUGACCUGAUUUUCAACGUGGUAGAAAUCAUAGGAGCAUACGCUUUCAUGUGUCGUUAUCUUAAUGGGGAUUGGUCAGAAGAUCCCAUCGAGGGCGCCCGGAUCCUGUGGGACUUGUCGCGCACGCUCUCUUCCAAUCAGGCGUUUGCAUACCCUGGUGUGGAGGAGGCAUUGGUGUCGCUAAAGAUGAAGCUGUUACAGAAUCGAACAUACGGCGGAGGCUCGAAAAGUUUCGAAAUGCUACUAAACGACACUGCAACGCUCUUCACAUCAUCCGACCAUCUACUUUCCGUCUUCUCCGACAUCCAUGAUCUAUUUGGCAAAGCGCAUUCCGCAGCUGGAAAACAUGAAGAAGGUGCAGCGACAGUUCCACGCGCCCUGCGUCAAAAGCUGUUUGCGUCACAGAAGAAGACGUACUUCUACCUCUCCUUCUUAAGCGACGACGGUGACAUGGAUAAGCUUCUCGACGUGGUGCGUGCCGUGGUGAUGUUGGAGAGCAACAAGGAGAGUGAGGAAAGCCGAACGUUGAGUGGGGAGAGGCAGGCAGUUGACAUGCUAAGGAAGCGGCCAGCGCCAGGAAAGCUUGUUGAGGAGCUGUAGCCCAUAGCAUGGUUUUUGCAGUGUAGAUUAUGCAGUUACGUGCAGAUAGUGUAGCGGCGUAUUUUGCUGGAGCAUACUCGUUUCAAUUGAGUUGUGUUCCUCGAAAGCGACGCCUAUGGGGAUGUGGGCUGUGAUGGGCGCUGUUCCCAAAGCGCGGAAUAUAAGUUUCCUCUUUGCCACGUGGUCUGGCACGAAUUAAAACGCAC